AUUGACAGCGCUGCAAUGACUGCCCGCGAGGGUCGGAGAGGCGACGCGCUGGGCUCCUCUCAGUCGGACUUCCUGACGCCGCCAGUGGGCGGGGUCCCCCGGGCCGUCGCCGCCGUCAUGUACCCGCCGCCGCCGCCACAUCGGGACUUCAUCUCGGUGACGCUGAGCCUGGGCGAGAGCUACCACGGCAAGAGCUGGCGGCCGCGCUCGUGCUGGAGGAAAUGGAAGCAACUGUCGCGAUUACAGCGGAAUGUGAUUCUCUUCCUCUUGGCCUUUCUGAUUCUCUGUGGACUCCUGUCCUACAGCAGCUUGACUGACCGGUGGAAAGCUCUGAGCGUCCGGCCGGCAGAAGAGCAGAAGGGGAGGCCAGAAAUGCCCGAGCUGAAGCCAGCAAAGCCACCCGUCUUACCGGCUCCCCAGAAGGCAGCUGCCGACCCAGAAGACUUCCCAGAGAUUUUACCACAGAAGCGUCGCAAGGAUUUCCGACGGGGACCACCCCACCUGCAGAUUAGAGCCCCCAACACGGACUCGAAGGCUGGGACGCAGGAUGGCGCUGAGGAAAGGGCAGGAACCCCCAAGGCUGCUCACCAGGAGGGGGACCCGCAGAGGACAGCCAUCAGCUGGCGGGGGGCCGUGAUCGAGCCCGAGCAGGACACCCAACCCGCUUCAAGGACAGCAGAAGCGCCGACCAAGCCUCCCGUGCCGCCGGCCGUGCUGCAGAACAGACCAGCGCACCCAAACGACCGCCAGAAGGGAGUGGUCGACGUCUUCCUGCACGCAUGGAAAGGGUACCGCAGGUUCGCCUGGGGCCACGACGAGCUGAAGCCCGUGUCCAGGUCCUUCAGCGAGUGGUUUGGCCUCGGCCUCACUCUGAUCGACGCCCUGGACACCAUGUGGAUUUUGGGUCUGAGAAAAGAAUUUGAAGAAGCCAGGAAGUGGGUGUCAAAGAAGUUACGCUUUGAAAAGAACGUCGAUGUCAACCUCUUUGAGAGCACGAUCCGGGUCCUGGGGGGCCUUCUGAGUGCCUACCACCUGUCUGGGGACAGCCUCUUCCUGCGGAAAGCCGAAGACUUUGGCAAUCGGCUCAUGCCUGCCUUCAGAACGCCGUCCCAGGUUCCUUACUCCGAUGUGAACAUUGGCACUGGGGUUGCCCACCCGCCACGGUGGACCUCAGACAGCACAGUGGCCGAAGUGACAAGCAUUCAGCUGGAGUUCCGAGAGCUCUCGCGUCUCACGGGCAUUAAGAAGUUUCAGGAGGCUGUGGAGAAGGUGACGAGGCACAUCCACUCGCUGUCUGGGAAGAAGGAUGGGCUGGUGCCCAUGUUCAUCAACACCCACAGCGGCCUCUUCACCCACCUGGGGGUGUUCACCUUGGGCGCCAGGGCCGACAGCUACUACGAGUACCUGUUGAAGCAGUGGAUCCAGGGCGGGAAGAAGGAGACACAGUUGCUGGAAGACUACGUGGAGGCCAUCGAGGGGGUAAAAACACACCUGCUGCAGCGCUCUGAACCCAGUAAGCUCAUCUUCGUGGGGGAACUUGCCCACGGCCGCUUUAGCACCAAGAUGGACCACCUGGUGUGCUUCCUGCCAGGGACGCUGGCCCUGGGCGUCCACCACGGCCUCCCCGCCGACCACAUGCAGCUGGCACAGGAGCUCAUGGAGACGUGUUACCAGAUGAACCAUCAGAUGGAGACGGGGCUAAGUCCCGAGAUCGUGCACUUCAACCUUUACCACCAGCCGGGCCAUCGGGACAUUGAGGUCAAGCCAGCCGACAGGCACAACCUGCUGCGGCCCGAGACGGUGGAGAGCCUGUUCUACCUGUACCGCCUCACGGGGGACCGCAAGUACCAGGACUGGGGCUGGGAGAUCCUGCAGAGCUUCAACAGGUUCACUCGGGUGCACUCGGGUGGCUAUUCCUCCAUCAACAACGUUCGGGAUCCCCAAAAGCCGGAGCCCAGGGACAAGAUGGAGAGCUUCUUCCUGGGGGAGACACUCAAGUACCUGUACCUGCUCUUCUCCGACGACCCAGACCUCCUCAGCCUGGACACGUACGUGUUCAACACUGAGGCCCAUCCCCUGCCCAUCUGGACCCCCGCCUAGUGGGGCUGGCUCCUGGUGUGGGGACUGCUGGGUGGGCAGAGGUGCCUUCUUGGGUCUGAGAUGUCUUCAAAGGGCCCACGUGGUAUCGGGCAGCUGCUGAACGUCACGUGCUCGCACCCUGGCUCUGGGCUCUUUGACUCUGCUUCUAAUCAGGACACGUAAGAAUAACAGUGGGCGUGUGACUCGGUGGGCCAGUCCACCAGGAGCCUUCUGCCGCCUUCUUUGAGAAAACUACAAUCAUGGCUCACGAUUCCUGAAACCUGAACGUCUUUCUACCAGCCAACUUCACAGUGGUCCUGGGGCUUCUGGUCCCCUGCGGGGGCUGCUCAAGACCCCCGAGCUUGAGUCGUGUUCAGAGAGAGGAGCCCAGUGUGCAGCCGGGAUCUGCUCUGCUUGGGUUCAUGGAGCCUUGAAUGUCCCACACACGGGUCUCCAGGGGCCCCGGUGCCAGGCCUGGCUCUCAUGUUUACACGUUGGACUCAGGGAUCCCCCAGGCACCCUGCAGGGGGCUCGGAGGUGCGAGGGGGCAAGUUCCUCCUGCUCCCAGCCCACUUGGACAGAAGGGGUCUUUUCAGUGAAUAUAAAGUCGAUUUGCGCUAA